AUGAACAUGUUUGGCAAUGGGCCGUGGGAAAGGGGAGGGGGCAUACCCGACUCGGACUCUCUCACCCAGGCCUUUGUCGGUGGAGUUUUUGGCCAUCGUUACCGUACGGGACAUCGACCGACGGAGGCGGCCGGAUCAGGGUUCAUGAUGAGCGAGGAGGGCUGGUUCUGGCAGAUACAAGGUCGUCUGCUUGUCAGGUCCACCGCCCAGGAAGAGUUGCUGUAA